UGGGAGGACUUACCAGGGAAGAGCUGCUUCCCCAACCCCAGGAAACCAGGAUGUGUGUCCUGAGAUUUGUGGUCACUCUGCACGUCCCUGAAGGAGAGGCAGCAGCCGCGGGGCCAUCUCCGACUCCGGUGGUUGUCCCGGGCAAGCACAUCUGGCUCUAGCUCAGGACUGGCUGCAAGGAUUACGGCAAGCUGAACUCUUACUGAUGUCAUUCUCUCCAGUCCUGCACUGAGGAGCCCUGGAGACACAGCUGUCACACUUGCCAUCCCCAGACUUAGGAGGAGCCAGCUCCAUGUCCAGAGGUGAAGGAAAGCCAGCCAGGAGUGCCCUGUAACUCCAGACAUGCCCACCGCUGCUUCCCCAUUGCUUCUCUCCACCACCGGCUCUGAGAACAGCAGCUCCAUCUACGACUACGACUACUUAGCCGAUGUGGCCAUCUUGGUUUGCAGGAAGGAUGAGGUCCUGUCCUUUGGGAGAGUCUUUCUGCCGGUCGUCUAUAGUCUGAUCUUCGUGCUGGGCUUGGCCGGCAAUCUCCUUCUCCUGGUGGUGCUGCUCUACUCUGUGCCUCGAAGACGGAUGAUUGAGCUUUACCUACUGAACCUGGCUGCCUCCAAUCUCUUGUUUGUGGUAACGAUGCCCUUCUGGGCCGUCUCUGUGGCAUGGCAUUGGGUUUUCGGCAAUUUCUUGUGCAAGGUGAUGAGCACUCUCUACUCUAUUAACUUCUACUGUGGCAUCUUCUUCAUUACCUGCAUGAGCCUGGACAAAUACCUGGAGAUUGUCCACGCUCAGCCCCUCCACAGACCGAAGACCCGGUUCAGGAACCUGCUUCUCAUUGUCAUGGUGUGGAUCACGGCCCUGGCCAUCUCUGUCCCGGAAAUGGUCUUCGUGCAGGUCCAGCAGACCUUAGAUGGUGUGUGGCACUGCUAUGCGGAUUUUGGCGGACAUGCAACCAUUUGGAAGCUGUACCUGCGCUUCCAACAGAACCUUUUGGGGUUUCUCCUCCCACUCUUGGCCAUGGUCUUCUUUUACUCCCGCAUCGGUUGCGUUCUGGUCAGGCUGAGGCCACCGGGCCAGGGCCGGGCUCUAAGGAUGGCUGCGGCCCUGGUGAUUGUUUUCUUCCUGCUGUGGUUCCCAUAUAACCUCACCGUGUUUCUGCACUCGCUGCUGGACCUGCAUGUCUUUGGGAACUGUGAGGUCAGCCACCGUCUGGACUAUAUGAUGCAGGUGACAGAGAGCCUGGCCUUCUUCCACUGCUGCUUCACCCCGGCCCUCUACGCCUUCUCCAGUCGCCGCUUCCGCCAGUACCUGAAGUCGUUCCUGUCCAUGCUGCUGAGGUGGCACCAGGCACCUGGCACCGCCCACGUCCCUCCAUCUAGCCAUUCUGAGAGCAGCAGGGUUACUGCCCAGGAAGACGUGGUCAGCAUGAAUGACCUUGGAGAGAGGCAGGCUGACGACUCCCUUAACAAGGGGGAGAUGGGGAAUAAUUAGGCCGAGUGAUCAGCCCCGGUCUGGGAACAGCACUGCUCUCUCUGAGGGACGGCAUGGCCCUGCUGCUCGUCCCGCGGUUCCCAACCACCGGCAGUCCUUGCUCGCUCCGGGCUCUUCCUCCUUCUGCUUCCUGGACCCCAUCCUCUCUGCCAGCUCUUCACUGACUUCUGCUUCCUGGUCUCCAGCAGCCAAUGAGGCCACUCUGCUCUCAGCCCUCACACCUUCAAGGACUCUGUGAUCAGUCUGUGGCGUCAUCUCCGUCGUACUCCCUCUUGGUCUCUGGGUUCAGGGCUCAUGGCUUCCACUCGCUUCUGGAGCGUUCCGGGCUCAUCCCAGUGGGGGGCGUUUAGCUAUGCCAUCUUUCUGGACAUCUUCUUUACCAGCCUUUCUUCUCGGGAAAAGUUUGGCUCAUUCCUUCACUUCCUGUAGUCGUGGCUCAGAUCUCACCUUGUGGGUGAGGGAGGAGGGGUCCCGUGCCUGCCCUGCUUAGUGCCCUAUCCACAUACCUGAUGCUCACACACUUCUGCACGCACUGCUUUCACUGUGCAGGUGUUUCUACUAUUGUGUUCCCUGCUUAUCCCGACCCGCAGGACAGUCAACGGGGUUCCCUGGACCACCUAGGGGAGAUUGGGGGACAAGAGACUCAAGAGACGGACAGUAAGACAGCAUUCUGAUCAAGGUGUCAAAUUUUAUAUUCUCACACCACAAUAUAAAGGAGAGCAGGCAGGAUGUGGGGAGGGGAUAUGAGGGGACAAACAUUGUCUUCAGGGAACAGUCUCUCAGGGGGCAAACAUUGUCUCUAGGGAGUAGUCUCUCAGAACUGUCUCUCAGAAUCUCACAGGAAGCUGGCUGGAUUUCAAGGAAGCUGGCUACCUAAAAUGAUCUGGAGGAGGUGAAGUGGAAGGAGUUUGCUAGGGUAACCUAACUUCAGGUGAGCUCUGUUUGUCCUAACCAGCUCAGGUGAGCUCUGUAUGUACUGACCAAUUUGCUAUUUGACAAUCCUGAGAGCUAGUAUUUUUCCUUCUAAAAGCAGGCUUGAGCAUGUAAGAUGGCUGAAAGAAAGAGGUUUUGAGAUCUAUGUGAGAAUGGCUCCUGGCACCUGCUGCCUGCCUGAAGCCCACCAUGCAGAGUAAGGCUCUCAGCAAAUGGCUCCCAGCUGUCCUCAGACAUACCACAGCAGCUUGUGUGUAGAAGGCCUUUAGAAAGCUUCUGUAGAGUGUAAGUGAGCCUUGCGCGUUUCUGGCAACAGCCACAGGUUCUCCACUUCCAGGGCCCCUUUCUCUGUAGCUCAGACAGGAGCUUCCGGCUCGUGUGUACGGUCUGAUGGCACAGGAGGUGAUCUAGCCAGAGAACAGCCCAGAGGUGCACAUCCCACAGACCAUCCCAGCUCUGGUCUUGGGGUCUGUCAGUCAAGUUCAAAGCUUUCGACUACAAAACACAUGCCAGUGAGCAGGCAGCCCCUUGACACAUCCUGCUGAGAAAACGGGGUAUCCACAUGUGGAGAAAACUAGAUUCCUGUCUCUCAUCUGGUACAAAGAUCAGCUAAAAAUGGAUCAAGGACUCUAACAUACAACCCAAAGCUUUGAAACCAUUAGAGAAAAACACAAGGGAGACAAGUAAUGACAUCGUCAGAAGCAAGGUUUCUGAGUGUUUCUGAGCAGAAGGCCCAUAGCCAGAGAAUACUCAGGUCCUAUGAAAUGAUCCUCUCCACGGAACAGGGACAACCCAGCCAGCGUUCACCUAAUGGGGCCCAAUAUCCAAGCUGUACAGGGAAUAAAAAAGUUGACAAAGUCAAAUAAUCCAAUAAAAAAAUGCGUAAGUGAUCUGAGCAGACGUCUCUCAAGAGAAGAGCUGGCCACACAGGAGAAACAUUCUGCACCCUUGCCCGUCACAGACAUGUAAUCACAGUGAUGUGUGUGUGCACAUGCAUGUGUGCGCAUGCAUGUGCAAGUGUGUGAAUGCGGCUGCCCCUGAGUGUGUAUGUACCCUGUGUGGAAAUGAGAGGACAACCGCACAUGUUAUUUCCCAGGUGCCAUCCACCUUUGUUUUUUGAGACAGGUUUUGCUGGCUUUGAAGUCAGAGACAGGCUUUUCUGGCUUUGAACUGAUCAAGUAGACAAGGCUGACCUGUUCAACAAUGAGAUUAUACCUGUGUGCGCCAUGCCUGGCUUUUUUAAAAAAAUUUUUUUAAUUUUCUUUUUUGAGACAGGGUUUCUCUGUGUAGCCCUGGCUGUCCUGGAACUCACUCUGUAGACCAGGCUGACCUCGAACUCAGAAAUCUGCCUGUCUCUGCCUCCCAAGUGCUGGGAUUAAAGGCAUGGACCACCACUGCCCGGCCCUGGCCUUUUUUUUUUUUUUUUGUAAUGAAGGCUCUGGGGUCAGACUCGGGUCAUGGUUUUUGUUCGGGUGCUUUUUUGACUGACCUCCUUUUCAGCCAUUGCCAGCAGCUCCAGGCCAGCAGUCUCUGCCCCUCCCCCCCAGCACCCUCACCACUCCCUGCUGCUCUCCGCACAUCCUGACAUAUCUCUGUUCUUCCCUGUUCCUUCCUUUAACACAGCUUACUUCUAGCUAGGUGAGCCCUCAUCUCGCCGGCUUGUGGGGAAGAUCACCCUGCUCUGCGCUCUGGGUGGAAGUGGAGCAGAGCACAGUCUUAGACUGUAAUGGUUUGGAUCUGAGUUCCAUGUGUUGAGUGCAUGGUCCCAGUGUGGCGGAGCCUCUAGGAGGUAAGGCCUUGCAGCAGGCCUUUAUGGUGGACGACCGGAAGUCAGCCUCUUUUCCCAUCCCCCAACCCCUGCUCUUUCCCUUCGAGGCUUAUGAGGCUAUCAGUGUGCUCAGUCCCUGCCACCAGCGUCUCAGAGCAACGGCUCUCAGGCUGCAGCCUCCCAAGCCCGAGGUAGAAUAACCCUUUUCUAUUUAGUCAUUGCCGAUCUCCUCGGCACUCUGCUAUCGCAAUAUGAAGCUGACCAGUGCACGGACCAAAUUACAAUAUUUAUAUUUUCAUGACCACAAUGAUUCAUCUGGGGAUGGGCAUGUAACCGGGCAGAAUCAGCAGGAUGAAGGAACAUGUUGGAAUAGAGGCAUGAACAAGUGCUUCAGCAAAUGAAAUGAGGGCUGAAGUGAGUGGCAGACCCUGGGGCUGCAGCAGCCAAUCCCCACAGCCAAGGCUCGGUGGGCUCCUCCCACCUCCCCAUUGCUAGCUUGCUGGGAACACGCACCAGCAAUCCCUUACCCAGUGUGGGUCCGUGCUUCUUUGUUACUUGCAACUUUAAGACUCCUGAAGGAAAGUUACUCUCUGUGGCUGGAGCCCCUUCUCCAGGGAGCCCUCAGCCCCAAGACUUCUGUCUCUUCCCGAGCUGCUGAAGCACCGUGUGCCUCCCAGCCCCACGGGACCUCACACAGCCUGCUCAUGCCUUACAGUAUUUGCCUUGCACAGAGGUACAGGGCCUGGCACAGGAAGGAAACUUCUAUAAGUGAAGUGGAGGGUAGCAUGGUGGGAGGCUGAGUUCCUGGAGGGCAGAGGUCUCCAGAUGCUGCUACUGGUGCUUGGAGUGUGCUGGAUGCUCACUGAAUACUUUGGGGGAAGGGUUAGUUUUUUUUCUCGUUGAGACAAAAGCAACUUAAGGAAGGGAAGGUUCAUCAUUUGAAGGUGCAGCCCGUCAGGGUGGGAAGGCAUGACAGCAGACGUGUGAGGCAGGGGGUCACAUGGCAUCUACAGUCAGGGAGCAGAGGGAGGUGGAGCAGAGGGCGCCUCUGCUCAGCACAGUUCUCCCUUUGUACUCAUUCCCUCCCUCAUCUGUAGAAUGGUGCUGCCCACGGGGCAGGUCUGCCUACAUGGAUGAGUCUAAGCUACAAACUCCUCACAGAUGCCUAUGAGCUGUCUACAUCCUUUCAAACUGACAAUAGAAGCCAUAAUGGAACAUUUUCCUUCCUUCUUCCCUCCCCUUCUCUCUCC